AUGGGGGAAAUGGUGGUCUCGGCGACGGAUAUUGUCCAGAAUGAGUGCACUGGCAGGCUUCAAAUCGUAAUGGAGUACGGUGUGGAAUUGGCGGAGAUCUUCCGCAUUGUCCACCACGACAUGUACCAUCUGCUUCGUGGCACCAACGCGAGGCUAAAGCUGUGUGUCGACAAGCUCUCAGAUAGUCUUGGUGCCGUGCGUGCUCUUCGAAGGGCAAUGGCGGAGCGAGAUGGCAGCGAGACGUGGAAGCAGAAGGAGCUACUGGCGGACGUUACCAAACUCCGCGAAGAACUGCACCAGCAGCGCGAGGAAAACAAACAAUUUGUGUCAAUUACGUCAACCCCCGCCUACGAUGAGCAUGUGGUUUCUGCCUUGUCGAACUCCUACGAAAAGGAGUUGGAAAUACUGCGCACACAAAUCGCGAUGAUGAAGAACAAUUGUGUGGAUAUUCGAUUAUCGGACCUCUGGCUAAGAAACGAAUUAAACAUUAUGGAGCAGUCCGUGCUGUCGUCUUCACGGGCCGAAGCCAUGCCCGCUGGUGCUCUUUUGGACGAUGCGGAUGGCACGGCGGAGAAUAAGGGCAAACGUCUGGCGUCACACUCGCUACGGGUGUUGCGUCCAUUUAUCGAUCAGUCCACGAAAAAAAACAUCUGCCCUCCUGUUGACGCAAGUUGCAGCCUCGAAUGUGAACGAAUCAUACGACAGGAUUAUGUUUUUCUAAAGCUUGGGCGUCAUUGGAGCCGUCUCUAUUGUGUGCUUAGCCAGACGAAGACACUUCUUUUUUUCGAUAACCCCAAUGACGUUUCACAGACUCGCCACAUUGUUACUCUUAAAUCGGUCAAGCGCGCGAGGCAGGUAUCUUCACCAUCACAGAAAUUUGCGAUUGGCCUUGAGCUCUGCAAGGAGGCUGGGGGCAAGUGUGUUGAGAUGGCGUUUAGGGACAAAACUGAGAGAUCCUUGUGGUUGGUCCUCCUUAUCGCUCAAAUUCCCCGGGUGCAAAACCAGAGAUCUGCCAUGUGA